UUGGGAAAGAGGGAUGAGCUGAGCUGACUUCCGUCGGGAUAGAGAUUUUUCUUCGGGUUGGUGGGAGAUGGGCCUUUGGCGAGGAGGCCGGCUUUAGCGCGCCCAGCGCCAAGAUUUUCUGCCCGUCGACCUACAUUCCCAGACCUUAAUACAACCUCUCAGAGUGUUUUCCAAUCCCUCCUCUGAUCCAGUCAAACUUGCUUGUAGUGAAGUCCAGAAAAGAACUACUUUUAAUGAAGUACACCAUCCAUUGUGAAAGUGGAGAAGUAAAGAUUAUUCAUCAUGCCUGCUGUGGCUUCAGUUCCUAAAGAACUCUACCUCAGUUCUUCACUAAAAGACCUCAAUAAGAAGACAGAAGUUAAACCAGAGAAAAUAAGCACUAGGAAUUAUGUACAGAGUGCCCUGAAGAUCUUCAAGACCGCAGAAGAAAGCAGAUUAGAUCGUGAUGAGGAAAGGGCCUAUGUGCUGUAUAUGAAAUAUGUGACUGUUUAUAAUCUUAUCAAAAAAAGGCCUGAUUUCAAGCAACAGCAGGACUACUUUCAUUCAAUACUUGGACCUGCAAACAUCAAAAAAGCUAUUGAAGAAGCUGAGAGACUCUCUGAAAGCCUUAAACUCAGAUAUGAAGAAGCUGAAGUUCGGAAAAAACUUGAAGAAAAGGACAGACAGGAGAAAGAGCAGCUGCAGAAACAGAAAAGGCAGGAAACAGGAAGAGAGGAUGGUGGCACAUCAGCUAAAAGUUCUUUGGAAAAUGUAUUGGAUGCCAAAGACAAAGCCCACAAGAUAAAUGGUGAAAAGAGUGAAAAAAAUGAGACUACAGAGAAAGGAGCAAUCACAGCAAAGGAGCUUUACACAAUGAGGAUGGAUAAAAACAUCAGCUUGAUUAUAAUGGAUGCUCGAAGAAUGCAGGAUUAUCUGGAUUCCCAUAUUUCAAAUUCUCUCAGCGUUCCUGAAGAAGCCAUCAGUCCAGGAGUCACUGCUAGUUGGAUUGAAGCAAACCUCCCAGAUGAUUCUAAAGACACGUGGAAGAAGAGAGGGAAUGUGGAUUAUGUGGUACUUCUUGACUGGUUUAGUACUGCAAAAGAUUUACAACUUGGAACAACUCUGCGGAGUCUGAAAGAUGCACUUUUCAAGUGGGAAAGUAAAACUGUCCUGCACAAUGAGCCUUUGGUUUUAGAAGGAGGCUAUGAAAAUUGGCUCCUUUGUUAUCCACAGUAUACAACAAAUGCUAAAGUCACUCCACCCCCACGAGGCAAGAAUGAAGAGGUGUCUGUCUCAUUGGAUUUUACUUACCCCUCACUGGAAGAAUCAGUUCCUUCUAAACCUACUGCCCAGAUGACACCUCCUACAGAAGUCAAUGAAAACACAGAAUUGAUAAACAAUCAAGAUGAGAGAGUGGGACCACUGAAUAUAUCAACUCCAGUUGAACCAAUUGCUGCUUCUAAAUCUGAUGUUUCACCCAUAAUUCAGCCAGUGCCUAUUAUAAAGAAUGUUCCACAGAUUGAUCGUACUAAAAAACCGGCAGUCAAAUUGCCUGAAGAUCAUAGAAUAAAAUCUGAAAUUACAGAUCAUGAGCAACAGUCUCCUCAGAAUGGAAAAGUUGUUCCUGAUCGGUCCACAAAACCGGUAUUUCCCCUUCCAACUGCCAUGUUAACAGAUGAAGAAAAAGCUCGUAUUCAUGCAGAAACUGCUCUUCUAAUGGAGAAAAACAAACAAGAAAAAGAACUUAGAGAAAGGCAGCAAGAGGAACAGAAAGAGAAACUGAGGAAAGAAGAAGAAGAACAAAAAGACAGGAAGAAACAAGAAGCUGAAGAAAAUGAAAUCACAGAGAAGGAACAAAAAGCAAAAGAACAAAUGGAAAAGAAAGAAAGUGAACAGGCCAAGAAAGAAGAUAAAGAAACCUCAGCAAAGAAGGGCAGAGAAAUAACAGGAGUAAAAAGACAAAGUAAAAGUGAACAUGAAACUACUGAUGCCAAGAAAUCUGUGGAAGAUAGGGGGAAAAGGUGUCCAACCCCAGAAGUGCAGAAAAAGUCAACAGGAGAUGUGCCCCAUGCCUCUGUGGCAGGAGAUUCCAGUUCAGGCAAGUCUCGAGAGCCUUUGACAAGAGCACGAAGUGAAGAAAUGGGGAGGAUCGUACCAGGACUGCCUUCAGGCUGGGCCAAGUUUCUUGACCCUAUCACUGGAACUUUUCGUUACUAUCAUUCGCCCACCAACACUGUUCAUAUGUAUCCACCGGAAAUGGCUCCUUCAUCAGCACCUCCUUCCACCCCUCCAACUCAUAAAGCCAAGCCACAGAUUCCUGCCGAGCGGGAUAGAGAACCGUCCAAGCUGAAGCGCUCCUACUCCUCCCCAGAUAUAACCCAAGCCAUUCAAGAGGAAGAGAAGAGGAGACCAGCAGUAACUCCAACAGUUAAUCGGGAAACCAAGCCAACAAGCUACCCUAAAACUGAGAUCACAAGGCUUUCUGCUUCUCAAAUUCGGAACCUCAAUCCUGUUUUUGGAGGAUCUGGACCAGCUCUCACCGGACUUCGUAAUUUAGGAAAUACUUGUUACAUGAACUCAAUACUGCAGUGCCUAUGUAAUACUCCACAUCUGGCUGAUUAUUUCAACCGCAACUGUUAUCAGGAUGAUAUUAAUAGGUCAAAUUUGUUGGGGCAUAAAGGUGAAGUGGCGGAAGAAUUUGGCAUAAUCAUGAAAGCCCUGUGGACAGGACAGUACAGGUAUAUCAGUCCAAAAGACUUUAAAAUCACUAUUGGGAAGAUCAAUGACCAGUUUGCAGGAUACAGCCAGCAAGAUUCACAAGAACUGCUUCUGUUCCUAAUGGAUGGUCUCCAUGAAGAUCUUAAUAAAGCUGAUAAUCGGAAGAGACAUAAAGAAGAAAAUAAUGAUCAUCUCGAUGACUUUAAAGCUGCAGAACACGCUUGGCAGAAGCACAAGCAGCUCAAUGAAUCUAUCAUUGUUGCCCUUUUUCAGGGUCAAUUCAAAUCCACAGUACAGUGCCUCACCUGCCACAGAAAGUCUAGGACAUUUGAGGCGUUCAUGUAUCUGUCUCUACCACUAGCAUCUACAAGUAAAUGUACAUUACAGGAUUGCCUUAGAUUAUUUUCCAAAGAAGAAAAACUCACAGAUAACAACAGGUUUUACUGCAGUCAUUGCAGAACUCGACGGGAUUCGCUAAAAAAGAUAGAAAUCUGGAAGUUGCCACCUGUACUUUUAGUGCAUCUGAAACGUUUUUCCUAUGAUGGCAGAUGGAAGCAAAAAUUACAGACAUCUGUGGACUUCCCAUUAGAAAAUCUUGACUUGUCACAGUAUGUUAUUGGUCCAAAGAACAAUUUGAGGAAAUAUAACUUGUUUUCUGUUUCGAAUCACUAUGGUGGGCUGGAUGGAGGCCACUACACUGCCUAUUGUAAAAAUGCAGCAAGACAGCGGUGGUUUAAAUUUGAUGAUCAUGAAGUUUCUGAUAUUUCCGUUUCUUCUGUGAAAUCUUCAGCAGCUUAUAUCCUCUUUUAUACGUCAUUGGGACCACGAGUAACUGAUGUAGCCACAUAAGGAGAAGUAGGUUAUAAGCUAGUUAUCUUUUAACAGGCUGAGCAACACAAUUCUUGAAAUGCUUAAAGAUUCUGGAUAGCUAUAGCUGGCCAUUUAAAGGAAUUCUAGGACAGUGAGAGUUGUGUUACUAUACCAUAUACUUCAGGUCAGUGCUAUUAUCAAACAACUGACCAAGCACAUUUAACGAGUAUUGCAGUAAGCAUUCCUUACAGGUACCAUUUAUUUCAAAACAAAACAACUUUUUUAGUUUGCUCCAAAGUUAAAAUAAUUAGCUAAGCAUAAUUAUUCUACUGGUCUAAAAACCAUUGUAUCCUUUAUUUUCCUUUUUACUGUUAUGGCCUUUUCACAUUUCUGAAUCCCAGCUUGAUCUAUGAAUACUCUAGAAUGAUGUAAAACAGAUAGGAAUGUAUGUGUAUAUAUUUAUUGCACACUUGCACAUCAAAUCGAUGUACAUAGUAUAAGAUGUGGUCCUUUUGUGAAGCCUAGAACUCAGAGGAUUGCUUUUUUUUUUUCUUUCCUUUUGGCCUAUUCUGAGUAAUUGCAGUGCUUUCUUAGGCAAAUGACAGGGCAAAGCUAUUUUUCUGUUGGCUUUGGGCUGUAUUUGUGCACUAAAUCUUUAUUCUAAAAAAAUAAAUGGAAACUUUUCUUUAAUUUUUUAAAUGAGAAUUUUCAUUUACACCUACAUUAAAAUCUUAAUGAGAAAAAUAAUUUAAAACCCUGUAAGUGUUCUGUCUUUAAUUUUAUAUUAUUAAACAUAGAACAGUAGAAUUACAGAUUUUAUACAUACACUCUUUAUACCACUACAAUGACUUAAAAUUUAGUACACUUAUUCCUUUGCAUCACUUGAUUCCACUCAUCCUUUACCUUGACCCUGAACUGCACAUAGCACUUAUGAUGCGCUCAGAGUUGGGAGUCAGAGUAAAAUACAAAUAACUUAAUGCCCAGACUCAUUCUAUCAAGAGUAGUAGAAUUCUUAGGAUUAAGAUAAAAAGAGAUGAGUCAGACAUGACUGCAAAGUGAACUGCAUUAUAAACCACAUCUUUACAAAGUGAUGUAUUAAAAGGGAUAGAGGAGCUUAGAAUUUAUCAUUUACCUCAGGGACUUGGUUGUUAUAGGUAAAGUCAAUAUGUAAAUAUAAAAACAAGAUUCUAAAGGUGCUUCUGAAAGAUGUCACCAUUAGUGGACACUCAGGAAGAAGAUGAAAGGAAGGUGUUGAAUUGUGAAACUGACAACUUUUCAUGUUCUACAAUUAGUCUGAGAGAUUAUAGUUUCUUGCCUAAAUUAUCUGAACAAUUAAAUAUUUUCAAAUCACAUUCCUAACCUCACAGAGCCACUUGAACAAAAGUUAUUUUGGUUUAGCUCCAUGAAGUAUCUUUGGAAAAUAAUUUGUUGGAUAUAUAUAAUUAUUAUGAGAUAGUUUAUGAUAAAAAUAAUACACACUAAUAAACACUGUACUUUGAAACCUGAACAUAAUACUUAUAAUCUGAUUGCUUUGAAGGUCCCCAUUCGUUAGCAUUGCAUCAUUUUCAUGCUGCCUUUUUCAGUGGGCCAGGACCCAUCUUUUUAUAGACUUACCUUGUGAAGGUUGCGUAACAUUCCAGAAAGACUUAAAAAUGUCAGUGACGCAAGUAAGUUGCAAGAGUUUUAAUGACAAAGCAAAACUUAAGUACCAGGUUCUAAUUGCUAGUUUUGCAAUUUUCAGGAAACACCAUUUUCCUAACUCUUGCGUUUUUGUAUAGGUAUAGAAAAGGGCUGGCAGCUAUAGAACAGGAGAUAUGCUGUAGCAGUUUGAACUGAAGUAUCUGGAAUCUCACUGACUCGUGUGUCAUCAAAGUUAUACCAGGCGUGAGUCACUGAGUUUUUGCAGAAAGCAGUGUAGUGGCCACCAUCCAGAUCACCAGAGUGGUUCUAGGGGAGAAAGGAAUGUCACACAGUAUUUACAUCUGAAUACUUUAAAUAUUAGAACCCAAAUGAUAGGGCCAAGAAAUAUUUUUAUAAUUGUCCCUUAUACUGGAUUAAAAGCUAAAUCAUACAUUAUGUUAAAUCAUACAUAUAGCCUGACGACUGGUAUAUUUUUCAUGUCACUGAAAUGGUUAUAUAUUGUGUCCAUCGAUUAUUUAAUAGACUGUGAAUGAAAUAGGAUAGUAUUUGGCAUCUUCUAAUAUUUAUCAGUUAAUACUUACUGAGCACCAACUGUACAUAGAGUAUUAAACAUCAAAGGAAAUUUUAAAAUAAUAGUCAUGUUUUCUAAAUGAGCUUAUAGUUUAAUUUUGAAGACAGUCUAAGAUAGACAUGAAAAAAGAUAUUUAACAUUGGAACAAGACAUUAAAACAACUGCAUACUGCUACCACACAAUUUGAGGAGGUUGUACAGCAACAGCUCCCUUGGUCAUCCAAGGCCCAAAAAAGAACCUGUUCUAUUCUCUUUUUCCCAUGUCUUCCCUAACCCAGUAAAGCAAUGUUUGAAACAAAGGCAUUGGAGAACCUCACUUCUCAGAAGGUGGUAUGGCAUAGAGCAGGGGUUGACAAACCAUUUGCGCAUGGGUCAAAGCCAGCCUGCUGCCUGUUUUUAUAUGGCCUGUGAACUGAGAAUGCAUUUUAUAUUUUUAUAUGGUUGAAAAAAAUCAGAAGAAUAAUAUUUUGUGAUGUGUGAAAAUUAUAUGAACUUCAGAUUUUUCAAUGUCCUUAAAUAAAGUUUUAUGGGAUCACA